UAUGCCCCAAUCCCUGCACCUCCCUCCCUGCAUCGCCUGCUGCCUGCACCUGCAAAGAUUUCAGGGGCUGGUGGCCUUCGACGUCUGUGUAUCUCACCAUGGAUCAGUGGGCUGCUGUGGAUCCUGAUCAGAAACCUUUGUGCAGGGGUGGCAUACAGGAGAACGAUGAUCCCCUGGUGACUCUGAGGCCUGACUCCUGUGCGGAUUCUCUCCCUACCCCAGCCAAGGACAGGGCGGCGAGUGAGACCGAGGAGGAGAAUCCUGGGGAGGAAGGCCCCGAGAUCGUGGAACUGGAUCCAGUGUUGCUGGGCAGGCCGGAGGGGGCUGGGGCCAGGAGCCCGGAGGAGCAGGGCCCGGCCUGCGAGAGCCUGCGUUGGACGGUGGUGCAGCAGAUCGACUCCCCCGGGAAGCCGGUGCAGCGGCGAGGCGGCGGGGGCAAGUCGGCUGGCGCCGGCUUCCAGAACUUCAAGAGCAUCAUCGUGCUGCAGAAGAGCUAUGAGUGUGGUGAGUGCGGCAAGACCUUCAGCUGCAGCUCGCACUUCAGCAAGCACCGGCGCACCCACACCGGUGAGAAGCCCUUCCGCUGCCUGCACUGUGGGAAGAGCUUCAACGUCAGCUCCAACCUCUACCGCCACCAGCGGGCCCACGCUGCCGAACGGGCCUGCCCACGCCCCGAGAGCUCCCCACCGCCGGUGCCGGCCAGCGCCCCUGCCCCCGCGACCCCUCGGCCCCGGGGGCUGCCCUAUAAGUGCGAGGAGUGUGGCAAGAGUUUCCGGCGCAACACGGAACUGGUGACCCACCAGCGGCUGCACACGGGGCGCCUGCCCUUCCAGUGCGCCCACUGCGGGAAGAGCUUCUCGUGGAGCUCCCACUUCGACCGGCACCAGCGCAUCCACACUGGCGAGAAGCCCUACCAGUGCCCCGAGUGCGGGAAGUGCUUCAGCCGCAGCUCCCACCUCUACCGGCACCAGCGCACCCACGCCGGGGGCCGCUCCUACAUCUGCACGUACUGUGGGCGCAGCUUCAACAGCACCCUGCACUUCGACCGGCAUCAGCGCACCCACACUGGCCUGCGCCCCUACAAAUGCACCCUGUGCGGCAAGGGCUUUGGUGAUGGGCUGGCCCUGGUCAAGCACCAGCGCCUGCAUCUGGGGGAUGGGCCCUUCCACUGUGAAGAGUGCGGCAAGAGCUUCGGGGCGAGGGCACAGUACGCCCGGCACCGGCGCAGCCUGCAUGGCACUACUGCCGGUAGUACUGGCGGCGAGAAGCCCUACCGCUGCGGUGACUGUGGCAAGAGCUUCUCCUGGAGCUCCCACUGGGAGCGGCACCAGCGUAUCCACACCGGGGAGCGCCCCUACCAGUGCAGCGACUGCGGCAAGCGCUUCGGCCGCACCUCCCACCUCUACCGGCACCAGCGCACCCACGCCGGCGGCCAGCCCCACGUCUGCGCUGACUGCGGCAAGAGCUUCAACAGCACCCUGCACUUCCACAAGCACCGGCGGGCCCACGCUGGCGAAGCCCCCUGCCACGCCUGCCCCGACUGUGGCAAGGCAUUCGCCGACGGCUCUGCUCUGGCCAAGCACCGGCGCACCCACACCGGAGAGCGGCCCUUCCCUUGCCCCCAGUGUGGCCGGCGCUUCAGCGUCAGCUCCCACCUGUACCGCCACCUGAGGAGCCAUGCUGAGGAGAAGCCACUGGAGGAGAUCGCGUCCUACUAGAGAUUAACUCCUCUUCCCCCUUUGCCUGGGAGAGGAACCCCCCAACGCUGGAGGUUUAGCUCACCGGGACCUGGCUGCCCCUCUCUGGGCACGGGAGUGAACUCCAUGCGCUGCCAGCCAGAGCGUUAGUGGGGCUUACCUCACAGGGACCUGGCCAUGGGGAUCGCUGACCCUCAGGGGUAGCUGAGACCUCUAGGAGAGCAGCGGGCAGCCCCGUUGUGGGCACCCCGGGGCCACAGGGAUGGGUGCAGUGUAAGGUCCCAAUCUGGAGCCCCUUGAAGGGCUCCGCAUCGAUGGGGUCUGGAUCAGGCCCUGAGGAUAUAGGUAGAUAAGGUAGAUUAGGUAGGUAGGAUAGGUAGGAGGUAGAGCAGAGUGGUGGCAGUGCUAGGGGGCUGGGCGGGUUGGAAAUAAGAAAGGGAAAUGGUGUGGGAUUGAGGGCAUAUUACCCACUUGCUCACCCCGGUGUAAAUCAGGAGUAACCCCACUGGAGUCACUGGGACUGGUUCUCCUCCCCUCACCCUGGUGUAAAUCAGGUGUAGACCCACAGGAGUCCCUGAGGCCAAUUCCCCUUUUGCUCACCCCAGUGUAAAUCAGGAGUAACCCCACCGGAGUCACUGGGGCUCAGUGCAGUUGCAGGAGUGUGAGGCGGAUCAGGCAUUGAGCACCUGCAGGCUGGGGCGAAUGAGUGAUCAGAGCUGGGGCGGGAGGCAGUAUCUGGGGAUCAGGUAGGUGGGGCGAGAGAUGGUGAG